AUCGUAGUGGUGUGUAAACGGCUGAAGAGAAGCAGGGAGGGGAGUUUCGAGAGAAUGGCGACGGCGCCUUUUCUACGCAACAGAUAUUGGAUUCUCAGGCAUGGCAAGAGCAUUCCCAAUGAGAAGGGCCUCAUCGUUUCUUCUAUAGAAAAUGGUACCCUCCCUGAGUAUCAACUGGCUUCUGAGGGUGUUGGACAGGCGCAGUUGGCUGGAGAACAAUUCUUAAAGGAGUUGAAGGAAAAUUCCAUACCGCUCGAAAAUGUUCGGAUUUGCUAUUCACCAUUCUCAAGAACAAUCCAUACAGCUAAAGUGGCUGCAUCUGCACUGAAUCUUCCAUUUGAAAACCCUCAGUGUAAGAUGAUGGAAGAUCUCAGGGAACGCUACUUUGGUCCUUCAUUUGAGCUUUUGUCUCAUGACAAAUAUGCAGAAAUCUGGGCUCUUGAUGAGGAAGAUCCAUUCAAGCGGCCUGAAGGUGGAGAAAGCGUUGAAGAUGUUGCUUCAAGACUUGCCAAAGCAGUGCUUCAAAUGGAGUCUCAAUUUCAAGGUUGCGCCGUCUUGGUGGUCAGCCAUGGGGACCCUCUGCAAAUCUUUCAGACGGUGAUGGGAGCUGCCACGCAUGAAAAUGGAUCGAGUUCCGAUGAAUUGGCAUCGAGAUUACAAGCUGCCAUCACCAAGCCCAUUCUCUCGCAGCACCGGAAAUUUGCUCUGCUCACCGGAGAGCUUCGAGCUGUCGUUUGAAUUCCGGCAACACCUCGCCGGACUUAGUGAAGAAGAUGACCUCAACAAUCGUUUAUUCUUCUUUUUACUUUUGAAUUAAUGUUUUUAAUAUAUAAAAGAUUGAAUUUCAGAUUUGGGCGGCAAAAUAUAGUAAUUAUAUUAUUCCGCUAUUUUAA